UGAAGAAGGAAAAAGAGAAGAAGAAGAAGAAGAAGAUGGUGCUUAAUUGGAAGAUUUGAAGGGAAACUAUUGAUGAUUGCCAUGGAAGGAGAUCGAGGAGGAACGCGAAAUUGCUUCGAGUUAGAGGUUUCAUUGUCAAGCCAGCAACCAUUAAUCCAUGAAAUGGGUUUUGCACAAUUUGAAGAAGAAACACAAGGGCUUAGUUUCUUGAUUCCUUCUCAUCCUUCUCAUGUAUCUAUUCCUCUUAAUACCAGCAACAACAGCAUGGGACUUAGUAAUAAUGACCUUAUUACUGGGCCUCCUUGGAACAAUGAUCAGGUUAGGAGCUUGGAUUCUAAGGUUGUUAAUGAAGAGAACUGCACCCCUAACAUUAAUGAUGGCAGUGAUUCCUGGUGGAGGACCUCAUCCACAACAGAUAAGAGCAAGGUAAAGAUGAGGAGAAAGCUUAGAGAACCAAGGUUCUGUUUCCAAACAAGGAGUGAUGUGGAUGUAUUAGAUGAUGGUUACAAAUGGAGGAAGUAUGGCCAAAAAGUUGUCAAGAACAGCCUCCACCCAAGAAGUUAUUAUCGUUGCACACAUAACAAUUGUAGAGUGAAGAAGAGGGUGGAGAGAUUAUCAGAAGAUUGCAGAAUGGUGAUAACAACCUAUGAAGGUAGACAUACCCACUCUCCCUGUGAUGAUUCAAAUUCUUCAGAGAAUGAGUGUUUCAACUCAUUCUAACAACUUAAUGAGAAAGUAAAGUUAUAUUAUAGAUUUACAAUGUCUAUAGUGUAUGAAUUAUUUGUAGUUAUUUUC